AUGGGUCGCGAGCUCCAGAAAAAGAAGAACCGCUCCGGCAUCACCAAGUCUCGCCCGAAACUCAGCAAUAGCAAGCGCACCAAAACCGGAAGACGGAAAGUUGAUUUUGGCAACAAUGAGAUCCUGUCGAGAAACUGGAACCGAAAACAAACCCUCUCCCAGAACUACGCGCGAUUGGGCCUCUCAUCUAAACUCGUCGCGCCCUCCGGCGGCGUCGAACGUCACUCACGCACAAGCGCCCCCUCAUCCACUGUCAACGCGAAUGACUCGCUAACCAUCAAGAGUGCUCGUCCCGCAAAGAAGCUCAUUCCCACCGAAGUACAUGUAGAGCGAGACGCUGCGGGCAACAUUCUACGAGUUGUCAAUGGCCAAGCCGACGACGAUGAAGACAUGGAGGAAGAGAACCCACUGAACGACCCGCUCAACGACCUCGAAGCGAGACCACCGCCAGAGGUCAAGGCCAGCACAGCGAUCGUGGAGGCGUUGGAGGCUGAAGCCGCGGAAGAGGAGGCGCGGCUUGCGGCGAAGAAGCAGCCGAGAAAACAAAGUACGCGAGAAGAGGAGUGGAUUUCGAGGCUGGUGGAGAAGUACGGGGACGACUAUGCGAAAAUGACGAGGGACAGGAAGCUCAAUCCAAUGCAGCAGAGCGAGGGGGAUCUGAAGAGGCGGGUGAGGCGGUGGAGGGAGAAGAAUGGACGUUGA